CCCACAACGCGCAAAAAUAGCUCUCCUUAUGUUCUUCGACGUCUUCUCCUUCUUCACUCUGAUCAUACUCACUUUGCUCUCGGUGAUCGUCUCCCAUGCUUCGAAUUCGAGCUCUUCUUCUACUUGUGUAGUGAAAGAUAAAGAGGAGGACGCUGAACUCGGCGAAAUGGCUACCAUGGAGAGCUGGAUCGGCCUCGUUAACCGUAUACAGAGGGCUUGUACUGUUCUUGGUGAUUAUGGCGGUGAUUCUGCCUUGCCUACUCUUUGGGAUGCUCUUCCAUCCGUCGUCGUCGUUGGCGGCCAGAGCUCCGGAAAAUCAUCAGUAUUGGAGAGCAUCGUUGGUCGUGAUUUUCUUCCCAGGGGAUCAGGAAUUGUUACGCGGAGGCCUCUAGUUUUGCAGCUCCAGAAGACAGAACCAGGAAGAGAGGAGUAUGCAGAAUUUCUUCAUCUGCCUAAGAAAAAAUUCUCAGACUUCUCAAUGGUUAGGAAGGAAAUUGAAGAUGAAACUAAUAGUUUGACUGGGAGAUUAAAACAGAUUUCUCCUGUUCCAAUUCAUCUUAGUAUCUACUCUCCAAAUGUGGUCAAUUUGACACUUAUAGAUUUGCCUGGUUUAACAAAGGUUGCUGUAGAAGGACAGCCUGAGAGCAUUGUUCAGGAGAUUGAGACAAUGGUCCGUACUUAUGUCGAAAAGCCAAACUGCAUUAUUUUGGCCAUAACUUCAGCUAAUCGAGAUAUUGCAACGUCUGAUGCUAUUAAACUUUCUCGAGAGGUUGACCCCACAGGUGAAAGGACAUUUGGGGUGUUGACAAAGCUUGAUUUGAUGGAUAAAGGAACAAAUGCUUUGGAAGUUCUUGAAGGAAGGUCCUAUCGACUUCAUCACCCUUGGGUUGGAGUUGUCAAUCGUUCUCAAGCUGAUAUCAAUAAGAAUAUUGACAUGAUUAUUGCUCGGCGAAGGGAACGUGAAUUUUUUGCUUCUAGUGUUGACUACAGACACUUGGCUGGCAAAAUGGGGUCAGAGCAUCUAGCAAAACUCCUCUCAAAGCACCUAGAGUCUCUGAUAAAAACACGUAUGCCAGGCAUUGCAUGCUUGAUUAACAAAAGCAUAGACGAAAUUGAAGCUGAGCUUCAUCAGCUUGGGAAGCCUGUUGCAAUUGAUUCUGGGGCUCAUUUACAUACUAUCCUAGAGCUUUGCAGUGCUUUCGACCUGGUGUUCAAGGAUCAUCUCCAUGGGGGGCGACCUGGUGGUGAUCGGAUAUGUAGUGUUUUUGAUAAUCAGCUCCCUCAUGCUCUGAGAAGGCUUCCCUUUGAUCGCUACCUUUCACUGCAAAAUGUGAGGAAAGUGAUAUCGGAGGCUGAUGGAUACCAACCUCAUCUGAUUGCGCCGGAGCAUGGUUAUCGACGCCUUAUUGAAGUUGCAGUCAAUUAUUUUAGAGGUCCAGCUGAAGCUUCAGUAGAUGCUGUUCAUUCCAUUUUGAAGGAACUUGUUAGAAGAUCACUGGCAGAAACUCAGGAGCUGAAGCGCUUUCCCACUCUCCAAGCUGAAGUUUCAAGAGCUGCAAACGAAGCGUUAGAGAGAUUUCGAGAAGAUAGUAAAACGACAACCUUACGAUUGGUUGACAUGGAAUCCUCCUACAUAACAGUCGAUUUCUUUCGAAGGCUCCUACAGGAUGAUGAAAAGGGAGGAAUCCCACCAGCUGCAGCUUCCAUAGAUAGGUAUGCGGAGACACAUUUCCACCAGAUAGCAUCAAAUAUUACCUCUUAUAUCAGGAUGGUGUCUGAGACACUGAGGAACAGUAUUCCAAAGUCUGUUGUUCAUUGUCAAGUCAGGGAGGCAAAGCGAUCUAUACUAGAUUACUUUUAUGUGCAAUUGGGACAAAUGAAGGGUAAUCAACUUGCAGCUCUUCUUAAUGAAGAUCCUGCUUUGAGGGAAAGGCGACAGCAAUGUAUCAAAAGGCUUGAACUACAUAAAUCUGCAAGGGAUGAGAUUGACUCAGUCUCAUGGUCCUGAUAAGGACAGGUAAAAACUGCACCAGAAAAUCUUUCUUAAUGCAAUGGUAAGGAUUAUAUGAUCAAAUUUUGGUGUAUAUGAGUGUAAAGCUUGUUUUUCUUAGAUUAGGUCCCUUCCUCUUUCUUGCAAGUCUCCGAUUUUUGCUUGAUUUGUGCCUUUUGUCCUUCCUUGUUUUGGGUAAGAAAGGAAAUGAUUAAUUCUGGAACU